ACCAAAAUAAUACAAAAUUCACAACAUUGGACGGAAUCACAACAUUCUCAAAAACGUGUUGUGUUCUUUGUUGCAUUCGGUUAUUUUCUGUAAAUUAAGAAAACAGUGAAAAGUACGAAAUGCUUCGCCGACAAGCGCGUCUGAGGCGGGAGUACUUGUACCGUAAAGCGGUGGAGAGUAAACAUAAAGCUCUCCAAGACAAAAAAGCAAAAAUAAAGAAAUCACUUGAAGAUCACACGCCGAUACAUGGGGAUUUAAAAAAAGACGCUUUGCUGCUGCAGGAUAAGCUCAAAUGGAACGACGAAGGGCCUAAGCGUGCGGCGGAAAUAGGAGGAAUCAGCGGAGGAGCAAACACGGCUGAUUCGCAGGAUGAUGAGUACCGUUACGCUGGUUGUGAGGAUCCCAAGAUUAUGAUUACCACGUCGCGUGAUCCUUCUGCAAAACUGAAGCAAUUUGUCAAGGAACUGAGACUGCUUUUCCCGAAUGCACAACGGAUGAACAGAGGUAAUUUCGAAAUGAAGCAACUAAUCCAUGCAUGUCGGGCGAACAAUGUGACUGAUUUCAUCGUCGUGCAUGAACAUCGAGGUGUUCCGGACAAUCUUAUCGUAUGUCAUCUCCCGUACGGACCAACGGCAUCUUUCAAUAUAUCAGGAGUAGUCAUGCGCCACGAUAUACCGGAAAUAGGACCAAUGAGUGAGCAGAAACCUCAUUUGAUUUUUCAUAAUUUUAAAACGAAACUCGCAGAGAGAACUAUGUCGAUCCUGAAAUACCUUUUUCCGGUGCCGAAGGAGGACUCUAAACGAGUGAUGACGUUCGCUAAUCAUGACGACUACAUCAGCUUCCGUCAUCAUACUUUCAAGACGGUGGACCGAGAGUUAGUGCUAACGGAAGUGGGACCCCGCUUUAUGCUUAAAUUGUAUCAGAUCAAGUUGGGAACGUUGGACGAGCUAGAGGCAGCGGACACGGAAUGGGUUUAUCGGCCAUACAUGAAUACGGCUGCCAAACGGCGGUUCUUCUCGGACGACGAUGGUUGGCAACAGGAUGAUGAUGUACAAAUGUAAGGGUGUUCUAAUAAAGAUUCUAUGUAUUAUGAA